AUGCCUCUCGGCCUGCUACGUCGGAAUGAAAAGACACAGCGCCCAAAUGGCAACCUCAACUUCAUCAAACCAGACGCUCAUGCCUCGCCUGCAGACCAAGCCAUCGCAACGGACUUCCUCUCACGCAUCGCUGCACAAUGUUACCCCGUUAUGAAAGAGAACUGGAUCUCGGUCAUGACGCUGGAAGAGCACGCUCCGAAUCCGGAGUUCCUCGGUCGCAACUUCAAUGCCGGAGAAUGCAUUCAACUUGUGCUCAAGGACAAGCGAGGAAGAUGGCUGAGCUUCAAGUUUGUGCAGAUGGUUAUGAUGCACGAGCUUGCGCAUUGUAAGCAGAUGAACCAUUCGAGAUUCUUCUGGGAUGUGCGCAACGAGUAUGCCAAGACCAUGGAGGGAUUGUGGGCGAAGGGGUACAAGGGUGAGGGCAUGUGGGGCAGAGGGAAGGACUUGGAAAGUGGCAGCUUUGUGCAUGAUAGGAUGCCAGAGGAUGCGCAGAUUCCUGAGCACUUGUGUGGAGGCACUUAUCGGCGUCGAGGCAAGAAGAGGAAGCGUGGCGCGAACGGAAGAGAGGAUGGUGGUGAGAGAUUGACUUAUGCGGAGCGACAACAGAAGCGUAUACAGAAGAAGUUUGGAAAGCACGGAGACGGCAAUGCAAUUGGUGAUGAUGAGCUGACCAGAGGCUACCUGGACAGGAUGUCAGGCAAGAGGCAUAGGGGAAAACCGACGGUGGCGAAGUCAAAACGUGGGCGUGAUUUGAGAGCUAACGCUGCUCUGGCACGUUUCGAAGCGGAGAAGAGUGCCAAGAUCAAGCAAGAAACGCCGGAGCUGGACGCUGAUGAUGGAUCGGAGACUGAGUCCGAUUAUGGGUGGUCCAGUGAGGACGAGUCUGGUUCAGCUACUGGGAAGCACGCUGGCAAGAUUCAAGAUCGAAAUGGUAAUGAUAUGUUCAAGGUGUGUGGCGAUGAGGCAGAAGAAGAUGCUGGUGGGCAAGAUGAAAUGGAUGAGUUGAGAGUGCUGAGCGGCAGGCCAAAGUCCUCUCUGAGAAACGAUAUGCUGUCUUCUGCAAAGCCUUCGACUGGUGGACAUGAUCCCUGGCCGAAACAUGCAAAGGAUGACUCGGAAACAGAAAGCGAGGCUGGCGGUGAGGACGAACAAAUCACACAACCACCUACGAAAGCCACAGAUCUUGCUGCCCUGCCAGUAAAGCAAAGUGCGCCGACCGUACCGACGGAACCUGGACCAGUCCUCCAAUCAUCAGAGUCGCAUACUCAGCCCACGGUGAAGCAGCAUAUCUCGUCGCCUGACACCUCAGCAUCACCAAUUAACACUACGGCCUCGAGACGCAGUAACUGCCCGAUUUGCUCUCUCGAGAAUGACCCUCAAGCACCGACUUGUAUGGCGUGCGCUCAAGUGCUCAAGCCUUCGCUUGUGAAGAACCAUUGGCGUUGCAGGAGCGAGACCUGCUUGGCAAGCAAAGCUAAGUAUGUCAACGCGGGAGAUGUGGGCAGGUGUGGACUUUGUGGUGCAAAGAAGCCGGUGGAUACUGCUCGCGAUGUCGGUGAUGGCAGGGCGAUGGGAACGGUGGGUACUGAUGUCCUGAGGUGGGAUUGA